AUGGCCGGAUUAGCAGAGAUCAGAAAAAAGUUGGUGAUUGUCGGAGAUGGUGCAUGUGGAAAGACCUGUUUGUUGAUUGUGUUUUCGAAAGGUGCCUUCCCAGAAGUUUACGUUCCUACAGUCUUUGAGAACUACGUUGCUGACGUGGAAGUUGAUGGUAGAAGAGUUGAGUUGGCCCUGUGGGAUACCGCCGGUCAGGAAGACUAUGACCGGUUGAGACCGCUUUCUUACCCAGAUUCCAACGUCAUUUUGAUUUGUUUCUCUGUGGACUCGCCAGAUACAUUGGAUAACGUUCAAGAGAAGUGGAUCAGUGAGGUUUUGCAUUUCUGCCAGGACGUCCCAAUGAUUCUUGUUGGAUGCAAGAUCGACUUGAGAAACGACCAAAGAACCAUUGAGAGAUUGGCCCAGUUGAACCAGGUGCCUGUUUCCACCAGCGAGGGACAGUCCGUUGCGGAGAAAAUCAAGGCUUUGACUUACCUUGAAUGUUCCGCCAAGCUGAACCAGGGUGUCAGAGAGGUUUUCGAGACCGCUACCAGGGCCGCUUUGGAGACCAAGGAGAAGAGAGAGAGAAAGAAGAGAUGUGUCAUUCUAUGA